CUCGGCGAGAGAGAAAAGCAAAACAAUAAUUUUUAUCCCUUUUUACCGGCUGCUUUUAGGGUCCGUAGUGAAAUACAGUCUCAUCAGGGAGUCGUAAUCCACAAUACUAUUAAAUGCAUCUUAUCCCGCUCAGCACUAACAUCUACCGAGCGCGGGAGAUUUUGCUUUAGUCACACUGACCCAGGUCGAGAAUGACUUCCAAGCGGCUCCUCGAGCAGCCUCGCGCCGGCGACAGCACAGAGGGGCGCGAGCCUGUCGCUGGAAAAGCGUCUAAAACCAACACGCUGCAGGAAGGCGCCUCGAGGAGUUUUGAAAUCUCUCCAAAUGGACAUUAUUUUACCUCAACGAGAGAGGGGCACUACAUUCAUAAGAAGUUUGCAUGUGGCAGAGAGGAGGACGAACAGAGCUCAGGUGGUGUCCUUAAACAUAGCUGCCCUGCUCAUCGCCUGAUCCUGAAUGGCACCCAUGUGGAGGCUUGGAGCCCAGUGAGAGGGCCAGGGGAGCCAGGAUGUCGCCUGCCAUCUCCCGAGACGCCGCACCCGCACACGUCCUCCAUCAUCCCCGUCCCACAUGACAGGAGGCCUUCUGGUCUUGCUGAUAAAGAAGUGAUGGCCGCCACCGUCCUGACCAUACUGUCCACCAGCCCGUUGGUGCUCAACCCUUCCUCCAGUGCCUCAGGUGCAGAUUUGGCUGGAAAGGGCUGGAAGGAGAGCCUGUCUGCCAGCUACAGCAGCUCUACUAGUGGGAACUGGAGCUGGGAUGCCAGCGACCAAUCAGUGCCCUCCACGCCGUCCCCACCCCUCUCCAAUGAUCCCGGCAAGAGCUUCCUGCUUUCCUCCCAGAGUGAUGACAACAUUGAGGAAACCGAGAGUACACACUUCCUGUUCGAGGACCCCAUCCCCCGAAAAAGAAAGAACUCCAUGAAGGUGAUGUUUAAGUGUCUGUGGAAGAACUGUGAAAAAGUCCUCAGCACUUCCUCAGGGAUCCAGCGCCACAUCCGCACCAUCCACCUGGGGCGAAAUGGAGAUUCUGACUACAGCGAUGGCGAGGAGGAUUUCUACUACUCUGAAAUCGAGGUGAACAUGGACACUCUUUCGGAGGGGCUGUCCAACCUCACGCCCACCUCUCCUACUACAUCCGGCCCGGCCCCCGUCUUCCCCGUCUUGACUUGUGAUGCGUCUCGAUCUGAGCCCGCCCGCAUGAUCCACACCCCUCUCAGCCAAUCAGCACCGUCGACGCUGUGCCAUAUCCGCACUGACCACGCUUACCAGGCUACAAGCCCUGUCAGCAUUCCCAGCAUGCCCUCUGAUCCGCCUCACAGUGAGGACAGGAUUAGUGUAUCCUGGCAGUCGCCCCCUGUCAUAUAUAAAGGGCUACCGGGCCCGAUGACUCAGAUCCGCACUGUUAGCAUCGGUGAGAAGAGACAGCCUGUUAACCACACCACUGUCAGCAAAACACACACCAACACCACCUCCACCUCCACUUCCAAACCCACUACUGGAACCAGGAAACCGCGUGGUGAAGCCAAGAAGUGCCGAAAGGUGUACGGCAUGGAGAAGAGAGACCUGUGGUGCACAGCGUGCCGCUGGAAGAAGGCCUGCCAGCGCUUCACUGACUGAGCUUGAUCCUUUACCCCACUUCAAAACGUGCUCUUUUAUUGCGGCUGUUCCACGGACUGAGCGCCGGUGUCCCCUGCACACUCUCAGAGUGAACUUCACGAGCUGAGAUGGUGGCCUUUUUAAUGUCACUGAUUCCUCCAGGCCACGAGGGGUGCUCUUAUCCUACCGCUUCCAUGGUGGAACACUGAGACUUUCAUUCAGAAAAAAAAAAACCUGAUAAAAAGCAACAAAAAAAAAGAGAAAAAGAAUUUAGAAAAAAAAGCUUUUGCUGCAUUGCAUAUUAAGGCAAAAAGAUUUGUUUCAUCCAUAAUCCAGAAACAAAACAUUCAAAGCAGAUUUGCAUUCUGUGGAAUACCACUAACGUCUUUCCAUGAUUUUUAGUGUGGCAGACUUUAUACAUAGCAGUCUGUUUAAAAACUCUGUAAGCUAUUUUUGAUGGGUAUUAUUGAGUACCUUAAACCCUCUCAAACCUGGUUGCACUUACCGAGCAACUCAAAUUCAUUUAUAUGGACAUCAUUUAAGCUUCACACAGCUUGAUUUUGUUCAAAAUCAAACCGAUUCUGGACUUACCGCUUCAUUUUGCACUUUUCAGCGGCCAUUUCUAUUUUGAUCAAGCAGAGUUCAGUUUAGCAUUGCAUCGCAAAGCGUUUUAGCAAAUAGUCAAGAACUGUUUCAACACACAUUGCUAAAGUAAUACCUCUAAACAAGAAUGAGCCUUUCGGAGAGAGCCUUUAGUGUACUUCAGCGCGAGGAGUUGUAG